GGCGCCGUCGUGUGACGUAAGCGGAAAGGCGCGUCACCCUCCGGCGGAGGCUGAGGCGGCGCCGCCGGGGCAGGAAAGGAGUUCUCAGUAAAAAAUGUCGUGGAUCAGAGAGGGCGAGCUGACCAUCAUAGAGAGGUUCUGUGCCAACAUCAUUAAGGCAGGUCCAAUGCCCAAGCACGUUGCCUUCAUCAUGGACGGCAAUCGCCGCUACGCCCAGAAGUGUCACGUGGAGAGACAGCAGGGACAUUCCCAAGGCUUUGAUAAGCUGGCACAGACGCUGCGGUGGUGCUUGAACCUGGGCAUUCGGGAGGUGACAGUUUAUGCCUUCAGCAUUGAGAACUUCAAACGCUCCAAGGAGGAGGUGGAUGGGCUCAUGGACCUGGCCAGACAGAAGUUCAGCCGUCUCCUGGAGGAGCAGGAGAACCUGAAGAAGCACGGGGUGUGCAUCCGUGUCCUCGGGGAUCUGCCCCUCCUGCCUGUGGAUAUCCAGGAGCUGAUUGCCCAAGCUGUGCUGGCAACCAGGAACUACAACAAGUGCUUUUUGAAUGUCUGCUUCGCAUACACAUCGAGACACGAGAUCAGCAAUGCUGUCAGGGAGAUGGCCUGGGGGGUGGAACAAGGACUGCUGGAACCCAGUGAUGUGUCUGAAUCGCUGUUGGAUAAAUGUCUGUACACCAACAACUCCCCCGACCCAGACCUGCUGAUCAGAACCUCUGGAGAGGUUCGACUCAGUGAUUUCUUGCUCUGGCAGACAUCCCACUCAUGCCUGGUGUUUCAAUCAGUCUUGUGGCCAGAAUAUUCCUUUUGGAACUUAUGUGAAGCUAUCCUCCAGUUCCAGAUGAACUACAGUGCUUUACAGAAGGCCAGAGACUCCUACCUGGAGGAGAGGAGGCGCCAGCAGAUGGAGAGGGACCAGGCUUACGUGACCCAGAAGCUGCAGCAGGAAGGGUGCGCGUCCCACGGAGACUCGCGGCGCCGGCGGACGCUGCUGCAGAAAUGCACGGCCCUGCGGGAGGAGAGGAUCCAGGGCUUCCUGCAGGCCCUGGAGCACAAGAGAGCAGACUUCUUUGAGAGAUUGUGUCCGGUGUCUGCAUGACACAGGUGCUGGGCUCUGGGGAACGCAGUGUUCAGAGGGAGCAGCUGCUGCCCAGAGGGACUGGCUCAGCAGGGUCCUGCCGUGGGCACCCGGGGCUGCUCCAGGACCUGCCCGGGGCAGGGAUGGGUGCUGUGAACUCUCCUGGUCUGUGAUGCUGCUGAGGAAGGUGAUGCUGUCCUGUGUCACCUCCCUGCCCUGGUGACAGAUACCUGCACCCUGCUGGCUCCUUGACAGGCCAGGUGUUCCGGUGACAAGAAGUUAACUGCAAUGAGCCUCCUCCAGUUCUCUGAUUCCUCCUGAACUGGCCCAGCCAAACCAGUUCAGUCCUGUUAAAUCAGUCUGGGCUCGGGUUCUUUCCAUGGCUUUGCAGUAGGGAAUCUUCUGUUGAGGUGUCCUCUGCUCUCCCAUCCAUAGAGCCCUGCUUUCUGCAGGGAGAGGAUUAUUCCUGGUGUCAGGGACAUUCCCCACUGCCUACUCAGUGAGAGCAUCUUGUCUUGUCCCCCCUGACUCUGCUGGGUUGGGUGUAUCCACUCCAGGCUUCCAGGGAGCUGAAGGAAGGGUUCCCAGCCUUGCUGUAAAGAAAGAAAGCUGCUCCAAAGCUUCAGCAGGUUCUGAGAUCUCUCCUGGGCAGUGUCUGUGGGGAAAACCUGGGUGCAGAAGGUGCUGGUGUUGGGCCACACUGACCUUGGGAAAGGCUCUGAGCAGGCAGGAAAAAAAGGAUUGGUUGGGAAUGAACCUUCUCAGGAAGGAAAGGAAAUUGGCUAAAGACAGGUGAUGGCUACCACAUGCCAAACCCUCUGAGGGUGUUCCAAGGAAUGAGGGUGGGCUUAAUUCAGGAAUACAGUAGCCAAAACCACCAACCUCUGACCCCAGCCAAAAUGGUUCAGAAUGAUAUUAAAGGGAGUGGCUGGAGCAGCUGUGGAGCAUUAUUUGUUCUCAGUUUUCCAUUGGCAGGGAGAUGGACAAGCUGAUUUCCGAGAUUGUUUCUGUCUCUGAUUCCUCCUGGCUUCCGUCCCCAUGAUCAAAAUACCUGAAAAUGUCUUGAUUUUUGCUCCUGAUGCACACACAGGUGUGGCAGUACCAGCUAUUGCUGGCUUUGAAGUGUUUCUUCUUACCUCCAGGUGAAAACCACAAAAUGCAGAUUUAAAAGCCUUGUGCACUUGGCCUGUGAUUGUGAAGAGAAGAACUGUGUAGUCAAACUGGGAAUAAAGUAUAUUCAUACCAAAGUUAUUUAAAAAAUAACCUGAAUGUUUAAAUGUACAGCUGCUUAUUUUAAGGUGUGAUGAAGCUGGAAUCCAGGUUUAAUAUAAUAAUAUUUAAUCUGUGACAGACUCCUGAUGUGAUUCCUGUUAGCCUGGGAAUGAUUUGAAGGUUGUUUUUACAGUGUAGUGUGAGCAGUUUUCUGAUACCCCAAAGGCUGCCCAAGGGAAGCUGUGUGCAGGUACCACCUCUUGUGUAAGUAGCAAAGAGAAUUUGGAUAAAAAUGUGCUGACACAAUGA